AGGGUGAUAAGAUGGACGUAUAGAGUCACUGAUGAGACAGCAGGACAGACCUCACUUCUGAUCAAUGAUUUUUUUGAGAACAUCUCGCGUCACAGAGGAACGUUCUCUGGUGCAUCAGGACCAAGUGAAGACAUCUAGAACACCUCUGAGUGAGUCUGGAGAAGAGCCAGGGCUAGAGACUUGAGCCUGAGGAGCAUCCACACAGGGUCUAGAACAUUCUCCUGUGGUUCUGGAGUAGUAGGAACAAGUCUAAUGUUCUGAAGUGACUUUAAGCCAGGUCUAGAACAUUUUCUGGGUUGUUUGGAGCACCGUGGCUGGAGAUAAGACACUGGACCAUUGAGGAUAAAUCUAGAACGUUCUCUCAGCCAGACUGGUCCUGUACAUUUUCUGGAGCACUGAAGGGUUUUCUGGAGUGUCUGCGCUGAGUUCGGAACAUUCUACAGUUGGUUAUCUGGUUUAGCUGAAGUGUAGAAGGUUCUCUCUGCUCACUGGUGAAGAUGCUCCCGAUGAAGCAGCCCUGGCUGUGUAAAGUUUUAGGUUGCUAUGACAGCUGUGUGCGUUGCCUUGGCGCCGUGCCCUACGUCACUCUGAGCGCCACGCUGCUGUGUUACGCCGGAGUCGCGCUCUUCUGCGCCGGAGCACACGAGGCCCUCACACACACACACACACUCGUCAACACACACUUUGCCCGUGCCGUGCAAGACUUCGAGGUGCUUGCUGACUUUAUUAAAUAUUUUCAGUAUGUAAUUUACGGUCUGGCGUCCUUCUUCUUCCUGUACGGGAUUUUGUUGCUCGCUGAGGGAUUUUACACCACGAGCGCCGUCAAGCAAACCUUCGGAGAAUUCCGGAGUACGAAGUUCAGCCGCUGCCUCAGCCUCACAUUCCUCAUCUUUACCUACGUGUUGGCGGUGAUUUGGCUCGUUGUCUUCGCCUUCUCUGUGAUUCCUGUCUACUUCCUGUUCAACAUGGCCGAGACCUGUCACACCGUCCACAUCCUGUCAGAGACCACCACCAGCUUGAACCAGCACGCCUGGGUGUGCGUGGACCCACGGCAAUUUGGUCUGCUCCCCUGGAAGGCUUCACCAGGGAAAGUGUGUGGCAUGACCAUGGCCAACAUCUGCAAGGAACCUGAGUUCUACAUGACCUAUGACCUUUAUAUCACUGCCUUUGCUGGAGCUGGAGCCACGCUGCUUGGCCUGAUCCUCUAUAUAAUAGCUGCCACCUAUAACUAUGCUGUUCUGAGGUUUCUCGGCAGUAAGGGGAUCCGAUGCUAGGCACCGUAUCGUUAGGCAUGCAGUUGCUAGACGCAGCGUUGCCAGGCAACACGUCUCCUCUCUGAUGCGUGCUGCUGCUCUUGCUGUUGCGUUGUCAAGGCGACCGUGUCUAUGGGGGAUCCGCUAAAGAGGACCAUGAAGUGCAAAACAAAAAAAGUGUUUAAACAACAGUGAGAUUAACCUGACUCACACGGAGUGAAGUUUAAAUAUUAAACUGUUAACCAAUCAGCACACGGCAGGGGCGGAGCCUCUCUCCCUCAUCAUGACUUUAUAACCUCUCUCUGCAUCUGUUUAUCAAAUAAUGUUUCAGAAACUCUUUAAGCAUUUACCCAUCUGUCUCUCUGUUCUCUUCUGUCCAUCUCUCUCCAUCUCUCUUCAUCUCUCUUCAUCUCUCUCUCUCUCUCUCUCUCUCUCUCUCUCUGUCUCUGUCACCCUCUAUUUGAUCCUUUCUCCCUCUAUCCUUCCAUUUUUCUAUCCCAUCUAUGUUGAUCUCUGUUUUCAUUAUUUUUUCAUUUUUCAUUUUCAUUAUUCAUUAUAAAUGUAUUUAUAUAUCAGUGUUUACCCUCUCUCUCUCUCUCUCUCUCUCUCUCUCUAUCUCUCUUUCUUUCUCUCUCUCUCUCUCUGUCUGUCUAUCUUUCUCUUUCUCUUUCUCUCUCUCUCUCUCUCUCUCUCUCUCUCUCUCUCUCUCUCUCUGUCUAUCUCCCCCCCCCUUCUCACUCACACACACACACACACACACUAAUUUCAAAGCAGUUAUUAUUUAUUAGUGUUGAUUAGAAAUCAUUGAAAUCAUUUUAAAGAAUGUGAAAAUAUCUAACACACAGUUCUAACCCUGUGUGUGGGUGUGUGUGUGUGUGUGUGUGUGUGUGUGUGUGUUCUCCGAUGGUGCUACAUGAUUGCAUUAAUAUCAAUAAGUAAAUGUGUAAUAUUAAUACACACUGUACCUCUUCAAUGACACUGUGUGGGUUUCUGUUAAUCUGCUACACAACACUGUGUGUGUUACACUGUAAAUUGUCUCACACUCCACAAUAAAGGUGUUUAAUCCAA